AUGUCGUACUAUUAUAAAAACUUACGAGCUCAAUACGAUACUGAAGACAAUUCAGAUGAAAAUGAAUACAUGAAAAUGGCGAUACAAAAGGACAAACAAUCCCAAGAAGAUUCGAGCGAAGACGAAAUGCAGUCAAUAUCCUUCGGUGCUUUGAAGAGGGCAGAAGCACAGUUAGAAGGUGAGGAUCGGGGCAAUAAUGCCAGAAAGAGAACUUCAAGGAAUAAGCGAGAUGCGAAAUACCUUAAUUCGACUGACGAGCGCCCAAAUGUAAAUUCUAGGAAGGAACAACCCCAACCAAAGAUGUUCACUGAAGAAUCAUUUGACGAGAGUUCAAGCGACUCAUCUUCCGGUAGCGAGGGGCUUUUUGAAGAAGAAGAAGAAGAAGCACACGCUAAAAGUCGAAGAUCGAAGGAAUCGAAAUCAAGAAAGAAGCGCAAACAUGCUCCAAGAGAGGUCUCCUCAAAGAAAGCAGUUUCAAAAGUAAGACGUAUUCCAGGCUUGGAGACACCGAAGAACAUGAACUCCAAUCUUUAUCAAGAUAUUCGUUUUGACAAGUCACUGGGGAAAUCAGAGAGUUAUGAGGAAAUACGUAAACGUUACAAAUUUCUCGAUGAAUAUAGGCAGCGUGAAAUUGAGGAAAUGAGUGGGAUGCUGAAAGAUCGGAAGUUUCUAAGCAAAAUUGGUGAUCGGGAAAGGGAUGAAAUGGAGCAAAAUCUCCGCAGUGCAAAAUCAAGGCUCCAAUCCCUUCAAAACAGAGAUUUAGAGCGUCAAAUUGUCAAAGAUUAUGAGGGAAAGAUUAAUGAAGGCAAUAAGGGCAAAUAUCACUUGAAGGACUCUGAAAAACGGAAGGUCAUUCAGAAAUGGAAGUUUGACCACAUGAAAGCUAAACAGAGAGAGAAGGUCAUGGAGAGGAAGCGUAAAAAGAGACUUGGUAAAGAGUUUAAACAGUUCGAAUUUCACAGCAGAUAG